AAAAAUGAUCUUUCAUAGUUGACAACACGGGCUGACAAUUAAUCUCCGUGGUGUCUGGAAGCACAGUAGUGAUAUCGGGGGAUUUUCAUGCUGUUUAUGCUAUUGAAAGAAAAAGAUAAACGGUAUAUAUUUUCGGAUGCAAUUGGGUAAUUUUUUUGUUUUUUAUCGACACGUCAUAUAACGAGGGUGCGGUGGUGAGAAGAGACAGAAGUUUGGCAACGCUGGAAAGUAAUCAGCAGGUUGCCUCAUGCUGGCUUCAGUGAGAGUUGUCACAUAAAUAUUUAUUACAUAUUCUCGUGAAAUAGGCCCUGUGAAAGGAAAAAAAAUUCAAAUUCAUUUUUUUGUUUUUUUUUUUAGUUUGACAUUCGAAGACGUAUUUUUUCCUUUCCCUUUUUUAAUCUCCAGUUAUAAAUGAUAUAGCUCAAAAUGUUGUCUCUGAAGUUAAGUAUCUCGCUGUUCAUGCUCCUUUGCGCCGUAAACACGGGUGCACAUACAGCCGACGAUGAAAUGUCUUUAACCAAACUUGGUGCAAACAGUGGACCUACGCUCAAGUUUUAUUACUGUUAUUCCUGUGGCUAUAAGCGAGUUUUCCAAGAUUAUGUCAACAUCCUCCAACAAAAGUAUCCAGAGCUCCAAAUCGAUGGAGAGAAUUACAACCCACCCGGUUACAAUAUGUGGAUUGCCAAAUUUUUGGGUACAGCCAAGAUUAUUCUUAUAGUAUUGAUAAUUACUGGAGUAAAUAUUUUACAAUUCCUGGGUCAACCUACACCAUUUUGGUGGCAAUGGUGCAUCGACAAUCGUUUGUACGGAUGUAUCAUGAUAUUCUUCUUGUGCAACGCCAUCGAGGGACACUUGAUAUCGUCCGGAGCUUUUGAAAUUUUGUUCAAUGAUGUUCCUGUAUGGUCGAAGCUUGAAACUGGAAGAAUGCCACAACCGCCUGAACUAUUCCAGAUUAUUGAUAAUCACAUUCACAUGUUAUAUCCAGAUAUGAAAUUUAAAGACAUAACGUUCAACAACAAAUAAUCAGCUGGUGUGAGGCGCUGAAUAUUGAAGACAAGCAAUUGAUAAUCCAUGUAUAAAUGGCAUAGUUCAAACGCCAUUUUGAGAUUCCUACGUGUCAUGAGUCGAAACUUAAGCUCAGGUUUACUUUCCUUUUUUGUAUAAGUAUCUCAUGAAAUGUAAUAUUCUCGAGAAGCAGGCAGAGAGAAACAGUUCGUAAGAAUAUGAAAAAAAAAAAAUUGAGAUUCUGUUGUCUUUUCUUCAUCUUUGCAAGAAAUCAUUGUCGAUUUGUAAGACGUUACCAAGAAUGACUAGAAGGAAUAAAUGGAUUGUAUGUUUAUGUACAUAUAAAA